AAAUAUAUACAUAGGUACUGUUAAUUAUAAUGUUAAAAUCUUUAUAUUCAUGAAAAAUGUUUUACAAAACUUAUUCUUUUGUUUUAAUUUUUAUGUGUUUUUUUCUUGAAGAUAUUUUAGCUAAUAUACUUUUCAGUCACAAAGAUGGAAUACCAUAUUAUUAUGUAAAAAAGGAUAGUACUGAAGAAUUUGGAAAUCUUCAUAUGACUUUUGUAAAUGUGAACAAAAUUUUUGCAGAAAUUUGUACGAAUCGUAAAAAUUUUUUUAGAUGUUAUGAUGAAGGAAAAGAAAAAAUUCUUAAAUUUACGUUUGAAGAAGAUUGUAUCGUAUUAGAGCACAAAUUAGCAUUAUAUUAUUUCCCAUACGACAAAAAUGGUGUUAAAAAAUUGGAAUCAUUUAUAGAAGAGUUAGACGACAAUGUUGAAUUCAAAGUACUUAAAAUGCAUAAGAGUUAUAUUGCUAAUGAUACAAGUUUGGUAAAUGAUUCGAUUUAUGAUGAAGAAAUAAAAGUUCAACUAGGAAAUAUCCAAAACUCGUCUUUAUGGAAUUAUGUCAAAAAGGAUCUCGUUAAAUUGGAAUCUAAUGAAAAUUCUUAUACAACACUUGAAGAUUUUAUUAACAAUUCAAUAACAUACGGAAAAACUCUUCAAUUUGUAAUUAAACACGCGGUAGAAAAAAUUAUCUAUGAUCGAACUACAAAAUAUGCGCUUUUGCUAGUUACAUAUGCCUAUGAGGCUCAAUUAAUUAAUUUUUUCCCACAAUAUUAUUGGGAAACAUUUUUAAAAGUUUGUGAAAAAUUAAGAAUAGCUCAAUUUACUUUCAUGGAUUACGAUGAGUUAAGUAGCUAUUUGGAGUAUUUGAAUCGUGAAAAACAUGAUGAAAAGAGAAGAAUGUAUAAAUUAAAAGUACUGAUAAAGGAAUUCGCAAGCCAUUUCUUUACACCCGAAGAAUUGACAGAAUAUAAUUUUGAAGUGUCUAAAGAUUCAAAAUCCAAUGAUUCAAAUACACAUAUAUUACCACAAGAUGUAAUUAAUAUAUUAUUUAAUGGAUUUCCCGAACCUCACGGAGAUGUCAAGUCGUACGAUUUUCAUCUUAUACCAAAAUCACUAGAUGAAAUAAUGGAAAAGUUAGAGAUUAUUUUUAGCUUAAUUCACGCAGAAUAUAAUUUAAUUCUGAAAAUAGAAUAUAAUAAUGUUUGAUAAGUACAAUACGUAGAGUAUACUGAUAUUCGUAUAUGUAUAUUUUUCCACUAAAAACUUUUAUAAUAAUUUAAGCAGAAUAAAAAAAAGAAUAGAAAAAACACACUAAUAUUUUUUUAAUUAAAUAAUUAAUUUAGAUAAUUUAUAAAAUAAAUCAUUUUUUAAAGAAAUUAAUUUAUUAACAAAUUGAUAUGAAAUAUUAUAUAUGA